GACUGGGUACCACUACAUCCCUGCCUGUGUGUCUGCGGGGAUAAGCGGCGCGUCAAGAGCAGAAGAGGAGAGAAAAUCGAGCAGCAGAGGGUGAGGUCUGCUCGGCUCAGUCAGCAAAGACAGAAGAAAGAAGCUCUGACAGGCUUUUUCUGUCAUGUAGUGAGGAGCCCUGCGGUCUGCAAGGACGCGUCUGUUCGUCGUUUUUGUUGUUUCGGUGAAAGACCUGCAAAGAGAAUCGUCGGAUCUAGCGGAAUGGAGACCUGCCGCUGACGGAGAUUCCCGAGCUCCCCUGAUAACAACAGGUCUUUUCCACCGAGUCCAUCUUCCCCUCAAAAGUCUUUAAGCAACCGACAAAGAGCUGGAGCAGAGACGAUCAAGCAUGGAUGUGCCCAGGAUGGCCGAGGGCCUCUUCAGCAGCACGCUGUCCUCGUCGGGUGGUGGCCAUCACGUGCCUUCCUACCUGACGCUUGAGCAGAAGGCUGCCUUUGUCUUCGUGCUGCUGCUCUUCAUCUUCCUGGCCCUGCUCAUCGUACGCUGUUUCCGCAUCCUACUGGACCCAUAUCGCAGUAUGCCCUCAUCCAACUGGACAGACCAUACUGAAAAGGACACAUUUGAUUACCGCAUCGUGUGAGGACCACUAAGGGUGCAAAAAUUAUAUACGCAUAUAUUUAUCUCUCUAUAUAUAAAGAAAAAAAUUACACAAAUAGACUGAUUUGAUGCACUUUGCCAAACAAAAGACUGCCAGGAAAACAAAAGCUUUCAAAGAAAUCUUCUAAAAUUUAAGACUGAAAAUAAAUUCGACACGAUUAUAUUGAGUGCAAACCACAGUUCUACAGCUUCUCCCUGCCAAUUCAAAGCAAUUCUCAACCACAGCAAGAGAGCCUGAACUACACUAUGAAGAUUAUUAAUCAAACCACAAGCUAACGCGGCCCUCAAGUCCGAGCGACACACCAGAGCCAAUUAAGGUUCACCCAUAGCUCCUUUCCCCUUCCAUUAAGUCUCUUGUGGACUACCUCGCUCCUCCACCAUCUCAUGUGUGGGACUGUUUUCUCGUGUCAUACAGGGUCAAAUAUCUUCUGAGAUCCAAGCCAGUUGGAUACUAACAGUGUUUACAUCCUAUCAUGUUUACUUACAUCCUUAGAUUUCUAUUGAUAAUGUAGACAAUCAGUGUUUAAAACAGCGAACAAGUAUUUGCAGAGUGAAUAGUUAAGGUUUUUUAGCGCUUUCAUUUGUAUGUGUGUUUUUUUCUUAUUUAUGCACAGAGAUGAAAGGUCACAAAGACUAUUUAUGAGCGAUAUGAUUCAUGCGAAGAGGAAUUUAAUGCCUUAUGUUGUAUAGGAUAUCCUGUGAUAGCUUCUAGUGUCAUCACAGAAAGGAAAGGCCAUAAAAAAAGACUGAUACAGAAGUCAUAAAGCAGGUUUAAUAAUCACAAAGGAGGAAACUGCAGCGGAAAGCUCCCUUUAAUGUUUAGGUUUGGACAGAUAAAUGCCAGCAGCGAGGGACUAACUGUUCUGUGUUUGCGAUAAAAAAAAAAGAAACAAAAAAACCCUAUUUGUCCUUUUAGUCAUGGAGGGGCCUUCAGUGUCCACGUCUUUAGAUGUCAAAAACCAAAAGAGGUAUUGAAGAAAAAAAAAG